GUAAACGGGAUUUAAUAGUGGGUUGAAGAAUAUUUAGGAUUGUUAUAAAUAGUGAACUAUGGAGAUUUCCAAUAAUACAUCUACCAUAAAGCAAAAUAAACAGAAACUAAGAAAUAAGAAACCCAAACAGCGAAAAAUGAAUAAACUUGUCUUCCUAAUUUUCAACAUAAUUUUGCUGUCAAUAGGCAAUUGCGGUGGCCCUUUGAUCUCUCGACUUUACUUCAUUCAUGGCGGCCAACGAAUUUGGAUACCCAGCAUGUUACAGACAGUUGGCUGUCCAAUUAUUCUCAUCCCUCUAGCCAUCGCCUAUUUCCAACGCCGGAAAAUCCAAGGACCCGAGGCUAAAAUCGUCUUUAUCACAAGGCAAGAGUUCAUCGCAUCUGCCGGCGUCGGAGUCAUCGUCGGUCUCGAUGGUUACUUAAACUCGUGGGGACCCGCAAAAUUACCCGUUUCAACUUCGACUCUAAUCAACGCGACUCAGCUUGCGUUCACUGCGCUUUUUGCUGUGCUUAUAGUUAAGCAGAAAUUGACUGCGUAUUCCACGAAUUCCGUCGUUUUACUGAUCACCGGAGCUGCAACUUUAGCUCUCCGGGCGAGCGGUGACCGGCCGGUCGGUGAGUCGGCGAAGGAUUAUAUGUUGGGGUUUGUGAUGACGUUUAUUGGUGCGGUGUUAUAUGGGUUAAUGUUGCCGUUAAUUGAGUUGAUUUAUAUUAAGGCGAAGCAAGCUGUUACAUACAUUACUGUAUUGGAGAUUCAGAUGGUUCUUGGCAUAUCUGCUACUGUUUUUUGCACCAUUGGAAUGAUUAUUAACAAGGAUUUCCAGGCGAUUCCAAGGGAAGCAAGUGAAUAUGAAAUUGGAGAAGCUAAAUACUAUAUGGUAAUAGUAUGGUGCGCCAUUAUUUGGCAAUUCGCGCUCUUGGGAUUAGUUGGAGUAAUAUUUUAUUCUUCGUCUUUGCUCUCUGGAAUUAUAGCCGCUUUUUUACUUCCUGUUACUGAAGUUUUAGCUGUAAUUUUAUUCCAUGAGAAAUUUCAAGCUGAAAAGGGAGUUGCUAUUUUUCUAGCUCUGUGGGGAUUUGUUUCCUAUUUUUAUGGUGAAUAUGAGCAAGGCAGGAAGGAGAAGAAGCUGAAGCUGAAGAAAACAGAGAUCAGUCAAAUAUCUCAACAAUUAAAUAUGGACCAAACUGUGGCAAAUCAUGUGGUGUAGCAAAUUAAAGUGAAGACAAAAAAUAAUGCAUGUAGUACCAUUUUGUUUUUCUUGUAUUGUAUGAAAUUAAUUAAUCAAUUAUUGGGUACAAAAGACAGAUGCAAAUAUCUGUUCUCAUAAAAAAAAAUGUAAUUUCCCACAACUACUCAAUACACAGACCUAUUUAAUUAGUAAGACCUUUA